AUGUCACGUGCUGCAUCGAGAGUGAUAGGGAUUAAUUUGUUAGACAUUUUAUAUGAUUCUAAAUUUGUGAAGUUGCAAAGAAUUUUCCUCAGUGUUAAUCUAGUUAAUUUGAAUAUUUUCCUUCUGAGCCAAUUUAUCCUUAUAUAUCAAGAUCCACACAAUCUCUUAAAUGGUUCAGCGUUGCCGUUUUUUUACCUGUCAAUCUUUUAUGGCAAGUUGGUUUCGGUUUUCACCAGACGGGACGAUUUGUGCAGAUUGGUUUUGGAGUUGAAUAAAAUGUUUCCUAGGAGCAAAAGGGAUAAGUUUCUCUAUAAUUAUGGAUUCUAUGAGAAACGACUGAAAAUUGUGAUUUGGUUUCUUUUGGCUGCGAAUUCCUUUUCUGUUUAUACAUUCAUUUUGGCACCCUUGAUUCAAUCAUUUGUUCAUUACUACCAAUUUGGAAAAUUUGCGUAUCACAGUCCAACUCCCACUGGGAUUAAUGAUUUUCAGGAUAAGUGGCUUUGGAUAUAUUGCAUCGUUUACUUCCACCAAGCGUAUGCCAUUCAUGUAUGCAGCACGGGAAUUAUUGCUUCUGAUUUACUCCUGUGUCACCUUGUUUCCCUAUUAUGCAUGCUUUUCGAUUAUAUCGGCAAAGAAUUUCGAAAUUCGAAGCCUGAUUUCUAUCAAAGGAGACAUUUGAAAUCAACAAUAGAACUUCAUAACAAAAUUUUGAGGAUGAGCUCAAUCGUCAACAAAAUAUUUGGAAAUUCAGUACUUUUAAAUUUAGCGGCCUCCUCUUUCAACUUGUGCUUUCUUGGGUAUCAAAUUCUAUCCGAAGUUAACGGCCUUGAAGUUAUAGGUCGGCUGCUGCUAUUUGUUUCCCAAAUCUUUCAAAUUGCGUGCAAUUGCUAUUUGGGGACACAAUUAAUUGAGUCGAGUUCUAAUAUCAGCUUUUCUGCUUACGAGUUAUUCCCUAAUUGUAAGGAUGUUCUUUGUCAGAAAUCUUUACUUCUUGUUAUGGAGAGAAGUCAACGUUCGGCUGUUCUGAAUGCACCGAUGAUUUCGUCAAUUUCCAUGGAGACCAUGCAAAAGGUCCUAAGGACAUCUUUUCAAUUCUUCGCAGUUCUCAAUUCCGUGAAAAGAUAUACCUGAGUUGAACUUAAAGGAUGAGUAUACAAAUAAAAUUAUUAAAUAAUAAAUUAAAUUGUGGUGAAGGUAUAAUUAAGGGGUA